AUGAAUUGUGAUAAGCAUUUGCUCCUAUCAAUUCCUCGUGUUUCAUUGGUGUCCCCAGUUCUGAGCAGUACAUUACAGGGUUCUCGUAUUUCUACAUUCAGUACUAUUGCGAUUACCACAAGUUGGCAUUGCGCAAUGGAGGAUCCUGCCAUUGAACCAUUGAACCUACACGAAGUCCCAGCGGAAAUUGAAGAGUCGGUAGAACGUUUCAAAUUAUGCAACAGCAUUCGGAAAGGAGGAAUGCAAAAGAAUUUGAAAUCCCUACCGCUGGGCCCCAUUCUCUCAGUGGAUCUUCAGGCCCCCGAACGGGCCAAAUUCAACUUAAUGAGCAGAGCUCCAAUCCAGUUCUGA